GAGGGGAUUACUCUCCACUGUCCAGUGAGAGAGAAGAAAAGAUGAUGAGCUAGACUUCAAGCCAAUAGUAGGGAAGCAUAGGAAGUCCCCUCGAGGAGCGCGACCAGUGAGCAGGCGAGGAAGGGGAGGGAUCCGGGGGUCCCGGCAGCUUCUAGUAGGUUCCAGAAGGCGGCGCGUGCGGUUGGGAACGAGGAGCGGACGGAGUCGAUUCAGCGGUGUACCGGGCCCAGACUAUGGAGCAGGUAAAUGAACUAAAAGAGAAGGGCAAUAAGGCCCUGAGUGCUGGCAACAUAGACGAUGCCUUACAGUGCUACUCUGAAGCCAUCCAGUUAGACCCCCAGAACCAUGUGCUCUACAGCAAUCGCUCAGCGGCCUAUGCUAAGAAAGGAGACUAUCAGAAGGCUUAUGAGGAUGGUUGCAAAACUGUGGACUUAAAGCCGGACUGGGGCAAGGGCUAUUCAAGAAAAGCAGCAGCUCUUGAGUUCUUAAACCGAUUUGAAGAAGCUAAGCGAACCUAUGAGGAGGGUUUAAAACAUGAAGCAAAUAAUCCUCAGCUCAAAGAGGGCUUACAGAAUAUGGAGGCCCGAUUGGCAGAGAGGAAAUUCAUGAACCCUUUCAACAUGCCCAAUCUGUACCAGAAGUUGGAGAGUGAUCCCAGGACAAGGACAUUGCUCACUGAUCCUACCUACCGGGAGCUGAUAGAGCAACUGCGAAACAAGCCGUCUGACCUGGGCACAAAACUGCAAGACCCGCGGGUCAUGACCACGCUCAGUGUCCUCCUUGGAGUCGAUCUGGGUGGUAUGGAUGAGGAGGAGGAAGUUGCAACACCACCACCACCCCCUCCUCCCAAAAAGGAGACCAAGCCAGAGCCAAUGGAAGAAGAUCUUCCAGAGAAUAAGAAGCAGGCACUGAAAGAGAAGGAGUUGGGGAAUGACGCCUACAAGAAGAAAGACUUUGACUCAGCCUUGCAGCACUAUGACAGAGCCCAGGGCCUGGACCCCACCAAUAUGACUUACAUGACCAAUCAAGCAGCUGUGUACUUUGAAAAGGGUGACUACAGUAAAUGCCGGGAGCUCUGUGAGAAGGCCAUCGAAGUGGGGCGAGAAAACCGAGAAGAUUAUCGACAGAUUGCCAAAGCUUAUGCUCGAAUUGGCAACUCCUACUUCAAAGAAGAAAAGUACAAGGAUGCCAUCCAUUUCUAUAACAAGUCUCUGGCAGAACAUCGGACCCCAGAUGUCCUCAAGAAAUGCCAGCAGGCAGAGAAAAUCCUGAAGGAGCAGGAAAGGCAGGCCUACGUGAACCCUGACCUGGCUUUGGAGGAGAAGAACAAGGGCAAUGAGUGUUUUCAGAAAGGGGACUAUCCCCAGGCCAUGAAGCAUUACACAGAAGCCAUCAAACGGAACCCAAGAGAUGCCAAACUGUACAGCAAUCGAGCCGCUUGCUACACCAAACUCCUGGAGUUUCAGCUGGCACUCAAGGACUGUGAGGAGUGUAUCCAACUAGAGCCGGCCUUCAUCAAGGGUUAUAUACGUAAAGCAGCUGCCCUAGAAGCGAUGAAGGACUACACAAAAGCUAUGGAUGUCUACCAGAAGGCGCUAGACCUGGACUCCACCUGUAAGGAGGUAUCAGAUGGUUACCAACGCUGCAUGAUGGCCCAGUACAACCGGCACGACAGCCCCGAAGAUGUGAAGCGACGGGCCAUGGCUGACCCUGAGGUGCAACAGAUCAUGAGUGACCCGGCCAUGCGGCUCAUUUUGGAACAGAUGCAGAAGGACCCCCAGGCACUCAGCGAACACCUAAAGAAUCCUGUGAUAGCACAGAAGAUCCAGAAGCUGAUGGACGUGGGUCUGAUCGCAAUUCGGUGAUGACUUGCUCAUCAUCCCCCUUCCUUCGCCCUCGUCCGGAAAGAGGAGCUGGGACCGCGGCAAGCAGCACGAGGCAGGAGGGAGAGAAGGGGAAGAAGCAAACCACUAAUCUCUAUAUAUUUAUACAGACCUACGUGGAAGAUGACAGACUUGUACUCGAGUUACUGGUACAGCCGCUGCCUCUGGGCCCUCCCAGCACACGCAUGGUCUCUUCUGCUGCCCUCAAGUUCCAUGUCCCCUUCCCUGCCCCUCGGUCGCUGUCUCAGCUGCUCUCUCAUAGUUGGUUAUUUUUUAUUUGGGCAGUGGGCAUGUGUGGGAAGGGGAAGGUGUUCUUCCCAACCUCAGGUUCCCACUGUCUUCACAUUGUUAAUUACACGUCCCCUUCUCCAAUAAAACAAGCCAGUCAGGCGUG